GGGAAUCUGCUGGCUCCUCCACACUCUCUCACUGAGCUCCAGUCCAAAUUUUACAGGAGCUGAAGAGACCAAGCUGACUCAAAAUGAGAGGACUUGUUGUAUUGGUUACUUUGGCCUGCUUUGCUACUGCUCAGCACCAAGCACUGAUUGACUACUUGGAGCGGAGGCUGCUUGCUAUUGAGGACCGGAUCUCUUUGUGGCAUGAACAGACCACCCGCUAUGCCUCAGAGCUGCGGGAGCUGAAGCAACAAAUGGUUUCCCAGCUGGAGAACCUGGAUAAAGAGAAAGAGAUACUGAGAACGAAUCUGGACGGUGUGGGGACCCGAGUGGACCGGGUUGAGCGUGAGCUGGACUACCUGGAGACUCAGAACGGAGCUCAGCCGUGUGUGGACGUGGACGACAAGCUGAUAGAGCAGCAGGUGACGAUGGUGCAGGAGAAGCAGAAGGCCAAGUAUUCAAAACUAUCAGACUGCAGCGACAUGAUCUCCAGCGUAAAAGCCAUGAAGAUCUUGAAGCGAGUAGGAGGGCCAAAGGGCAUGUGGACCAAAGACACCAGCAGGGGCUCUGAGAAGGUCUACAUAUUUAACGGGACAGAUGAAGACACUAUCCACGAGUUUGCGACUGUGCAAGACUUCACCCGCUCUCUGGGUAUGUCUUUGUCCAAGACCCUGAGGCUGCCGUCUUCCUGGAGGGGAACUGGCCAUGUGGUCUACAACAAUCACGCGUAUUACAUAAAUCAGGUUGAAGAGAUAAUGGUCGUUAAAUAUGACAUGAAGAACAGCUCUGUGACAGACAGCGCAGUGUUCCCAGUGCAGGACCAUGUCCCAGUGUACGGCCUGACCCCUGAGACGCUGAUGGACCUGGCUGUGGACGAGGAAGGCCUGUGGGCCAUUUAUGCCACACGGCAGAAUGAGAGGCACAUCUCUCUGGCUAAAAUGGACGCCAACUCGCUGGACAUCGAGCAAAUGUGGGACACAAACUGUCCGAGAGAGAACGCAGAGGCGGCUUUCGUCAUCUGCGGCACUCUGUAUGUGGUGUACAACACCAAGCAGCCCGGUCGCUCUCGUGUCCAGUGUGUGUACGAUGUCAACGGUAUGGUGACCAACGAGGAAGCACCACUGAUUUACUUUCCAAAGCGUUACGGAGCCCACUCCAGUCUGAAGUAUAACCCUCAGGAGCAGCUGCUGUACGCCUGGGAUGAUGGCUACCAGAUCCUGUACAAGCUUGUCAUGAAAAAGAAACUAGAAAUUUGAGUUAAUUAAUGCACCGCAACAUCCCCCCAAAUACUUCCACAAAUACACCCAUACCCCCUUAAAGUUCCAUCCCAGUGUUUUUAGUUAUAUUAUUGCUGAUCAUUUUUAAUGCAUGCUGCAGAAGUUGGACCAAGUUAUUGUUUUAUGUGAAAGUCUCAAGUCAAGACAGGCAGUCAAGUUCCAAGUCCUAAACAGGUCGUAAUGUGCUCUUCACCAAACGUACGAACAAGGCAACAUUAGUUCUUUGUGGUUCUUUCCUGCAACUUGAUUGGAUGCUGUCGGAUUAGUUCAAACUAAGUGGAUCUGGGAAAUUAAGUGUCAACUUGCUGGAAAUAAAUUGUGUUAACGUUAGCUGAUUCAGGACAUGAAUUGAUUCGUGGCACACUUUUUAAUUAUUGGGCUUUGGGGAAGAUAUUAAACAUUUUAAAGUCAAAGCAUUUUUCCCCCUGUUUCAUUAUUGUGACUUAAAACAGUUUAAGUCCAGACUAGUGCAGAACCGAUGUUCAGUGUGAUACAUUAAACAUCUAAAACAAGAGUCUGCCACCAUAAAUGGACAACAAUGAAGGUUAGGAAAAAUACACUAAACAUUACAAACACACAACAUGGCAUGUAAAAUAGUGAUCAGUCAAGUUUUGAUUAUUUGUAAAAUGCAGUAUCACUGGUACAGGCUUUAAGUCUGAAUAUCCAAACGCUUAAAAAGGUGCAGAAGUGCUGGACUGUAGAACUGUAUCUGUAUACUCUCUCUCUCUCGCUCUCGCAGAUGUGACGUAUUUCCAAAUUGUGUUACGUGAUUUCUUUAUCUGAAGCACAGUUUCUUGUUGCUGCCAAACACUUUUUUCUAGUCAGAAUACAAUGCACUUCCUUUUUCACUAUCAGUGUCUACUGGCACGUCAACUUACUGUACUUACCUGUGAUCUCUUGUGCUGUUUGUUUAAGUUUCUAAAGGUGUACCUUGUAAUUUAGGGUCAUGGUGUUGAAUCAGCCAAGCACUUGUUUAUUACAAAUAGAGGACAUAUCAUCACUUUUUAUACUUUACAUGUCAUUUAGUUGUCUGAAUACAUAAAUCUUGGUAGCAUCCAUUGAAAGCACUCUUUAUUUGUUGUUUAAUUGUGUACACUGCCAGGAAAAGCCCUUGAGUUUGAGAAGCAUUGUUUUUAUGGGGAAUCAAAGACAAAGGUAACAGUAUAUGUAGCAUCUAUAAUAAUUCAGUCUAAGUCAGGCUUUAGUGUUGGUAUUUAACAUUUAUUAUAUUCAAAGAUAAAAGUUAGUUCAGAAGAUAGAAUUAAAAGUUUCAUUUUACAGCUUUAUUAAUUAAUCAGUCUACCUUUGGUGCAGACUGAUGAAAGAAACGGCCAUAAUCAAUAUAUCUAUGGUGUUGUCACUUAUAAUGCAACCACAGCAAUGUUGUCACUAUGGCAACCUCAGAGCCUCAAUAAAUAUAACACGGAUAUUAGGGAUACGUGAGUGGAAACAGCUAGCUGGCUAGUACUGUUAUAUUUCUCUUUCUAUGCAUUAUGGGUAUUUUUUUCCACAAGUUGAGCACAUGUGUUUAACUAAAUGAAAUCACCAAAAGUAACAAAGAGCACCACUAUUUGAAUUACGCCUCUCAUAUAAUGCAAUUGUUCAUUAAUUUAUAUCUGAAUAUAACAUAUCUAUUUCUUACUGUUUGCUUCUUCAUUUUCCCACAAUCAUCUAUUCUUAUGUCUGCCUCUAAUUAUUGUUCAUUAUGAAAAUAAACAACUGUUAACACAAGGAGUCUUUUUCUAUGCACAGAUACAAACAUUAGAGCCAUUUAAACAUUUCAGACUUUGGCGUGCCUCAGUGUUAACAUAAAAAAAGACAAACAGCACUGCAUGGCAUUACUUUUUCUCUGUGAGUCUGAUUUUCUAUGCGGACUUUCUGUUACUGUACAUCUCUUCUUGUUUCUUUAAGGGGAACUGUAUUGACUGACAUAACGUCUAAAUAUGGCCUGACUAAUAAAAACUCAUUUAUUUGUA